AUGUUUAAGCAAUCUUUAGUUUUAUUUGCUGUUGUUGCAGCUGUUGCAUAUGCUGUCCCAAGCAUCCCAAAUCCAUCUCAAUAUUAUAUGAGUGGAACUUUUAGCAUUCCAUACUUUAACAUUGUUGAACCAAUCGAAUUAAUUUAUGAUGGUGUCAACAACCGUCAAUACAUUUCAUACUACAAUGGAAUGGAUAUUACUCUCAACCUUUUCGAACAAAAUAUUUCAUACUCUAUUGGCCCACAAGUUAAUACUUUAAUUUGUCAAACCAUCCCAGGUAACGGUUCAUUGAUCACUGUUUUACCACCAAUCCCAUCUGAAUGGUCAUUCAACGGAACCAGCACUGUCAACGGUAUCGAUGUCUUUUCCUACACCCAAAAGGUUGUCAACUAUGGCAAGGCUGCCUAUUACACCUUUUACGUCAACUCUGAUGGUACCCCAGUCCAAUUCUACUUGAACGGUGUCGACUUUAUCUUUGACUCACAUCCCGAUGUCUACAUUCUCGACUUUACCACCUGGACUACCGACAUUUCCCAAUACGGAUCGAUCUGGGAGGUCCCAGCCCUCUGCAACAACGCCGAGGAAGCCACCCACGCCCAAUUCGACCAAUUCGAAGAGAUCUUUGGUCACAUUGACUCUUCCAACAAAAAGAUGGACUCCUCCUUCGACCAAUUCAAGAAGCAAUUUGGCAAGACCUACGAAAACACCCUCGAACACAACACCCGUUUCGCCACCUACAAGCAAAUGCUCCACCGUGUUGCCACCCACAACGCCCACAACUCUGAAUCCACCUACAAGCUCGCCAUGAACCACUUUGGUGAUAUGUCUGACGAAGAGUUCCGUAAGUUCAUCAUCCCACACGUCGAUCGUGACGAAAACAACGGUGCCUCUGAAGUCCACGACAAUGAAGAUGUCUCUGCUCUCCCAGCCUCCCUCGAUUGGAGAACCUCUGGUUGUGUCACCCCAGUCAAGGAUCAAGGUGUAUGCGGUUCAUGCUGGACAUUCGGUUCUUUGGCCUCACUCGAGACUGUCGCCUGUUUGAAGCACAACAAGGACUUGAUCUCACUCUCUGAACAAGAGUUGGUCGACUGUGCCUACGUUGGUCAAUCGAUGGGUUGCAACGGUGGUUUCGCCUCCAACGCCUACCAAUACAUCAUGAAUGCCGGAGGUAUUGCCACCGAGUCUGACUACCCAUACUUGAUGCAAAACGCUUACUGCAAGGCCUCAACUGUCCAAAACUCUGGCGUCCGUGUCCAAUCCUACGUCAACGUUACCGCCUUUUCUGAAGCUGCCCUCCAAAAUGCCGUCGCUACCGUCGGUGUUGUUGCUGUUGCCAUCGAUGCCUCUGCCCCAGAUUUCCGUUACUACUCUUCCGGUGUCUACUACUCUACCGUCUGUCAAAGCGGUUUGGACUACCUUGAUCACGAAGUCGCCGUCCUCGGUUACGGAACUGAUAACGGUCAACAAUACUGGAUCGUCAAGAACUCCUGGAGCACAUAUUAUGGAAAUGAAGGAAUUGUAUGGAUGGCCAUGAACCGUGACAACAACUGUGGUAUCGCUUCCCAAGCCACUUACCCAAUUGCUGUUUAA